GUGCCGGUACGGCACGGGAGAUUCCUACUGUAUACAUAUACAAGAGUACCGUGUCUAUCAAUUCAAUCCUUCCUGUGUCUACCGCAACAAGAGCACUGUAAUUCGAAGAAGCCUGCCCUUUUGCCAAGGAAAUCACAAAGUGAAAUUGGAGAUGAGUUGGGUCGGUUGGCAAAGAUUGGUCCGGAAAAUCAAAAAGGGAGAGCCUAUUUCUUACAGUGAUAUUGAGCCUUGUGAAACUAAGUUCUUUCUUCUCUGCCAAAAAUGUCAGAAUUUCUCUGAGAUCCAUGACGACGUCGAUGGAGAAAGUAAUCUGGGGAAAUUGAACAAGGAUGAUGAGAAGUUCUUGAAGAACGACGACGGAGAAAGUAAUCUGGGGAAAUUGAACAAGGAUGAUGAGAAGUUCUUGAAGAAUUAUGUUGAGAAGAAAAAGUGGGUAUUUAAGAGUAAGGGAAAGAGAUGUGCAUUUGAUGAUGUAGAUAAUAUCUCUGAGGAUGAGAAAGAGAUCAAGAAGCAAGAAAAAUAUGAGGCGGAAUUCAAUUCCCAAUAUGUCCAACAGAAGCCUGUGGAUAUGUACCCCUACUACAAGUACAAUAACGCUGAUAAAUCUUCUAAGAAGAACAGGACAGAAGGAGAAUUGAAAAAAGUGAAAUUGGAGAUAAGUCGGCAAAUUAAAAAGGGAGAGCCUAUUUCUUACAGUGAUAUUGAGCCUCGUGAAAGUAAGUUCAUACUUCUCCCAAUUAAGAAUUUCUCUAAUCAUGAUGAGAACGAUGAAGAAACUGAGAUGAGAAAACUGAGAAAACUGAACGACGUUGAAACCAUGUUCUUGAAAAAUUAUGUUGAGAAGAAAUGGUGUUGGGUAUCUAAGAAUAAGGGAAAGAGUCGUGACUUUAAUGAUUUAGAUAAUAUCUCUGAGGAUGAGAAAGAGAUCACGAAGAGGAAAACAAUUCCCCUUAUGACUUACAUGAAUAUGACCUAGAGAAGCCUGACGAUAUGUACCCCUACCACACGUACAAUGAGUCAACAAGUUUGGAACCAGUUGCUGAGGAGAAGGGAGACAGAGUGGAAGUGAAUGGUGACACUGGUAAAUCUUCUAAGAAGCGCAGGAGAAACGGAGGACUGGAAGAAGGUAAACCCUCAAAAGAAAGGCGCAAAGCAUAUGGACUUGGCAAUAUUGGAACUAACAAGAAAAAGAAGAAUUUGUAUUAAUAAUGGUAGAAGGGCAGCAUGAGGAGGUAAGUUAUUGUUGUUUCUUCAGUUUUCUGUUUAUCCCGACUAGCUCUGAAGAUCUUUUUCCGUUGUUAUUCUAUUCAAGUAAAUUUGACUGCAAUCGUACCGCCUACUUUAAUCAGACUGCUUACAUUUUUCUGUUGUUUAAUCUUAAUAACAUGCAUAAGAAAGUACAAGGGACAUAGGACAGAAUACCAUGUGUUUUUCAUGGCCAGUGUACCCAUAUCGUGGGUGUUUACCUGUUUUAGGCUAUCGGGCUUCUUAUGUAGAGCAGUGUGUACUGAUAAAAGAUGGGAACUAAAUUGGUAUGUUGCACAACAGUACUCUUGAUUGGCACCUAUGUUAGUUUUUCUUAAUGAUAACUUCAUCCAACUUGCAGUUUCAUCAUGAAACAGUUUCACAAUUUUGGUAGAUUAUCGUUGUACGUCUUCAUGACCAGGCUUACUAUCUUCAAUAUUCCGACGGUUAUCUGUUUGAACUGCAAAUAAUGAGUCUUAAUGAGUCGUUAGUUUGUUAAUUGCUAGAAAUUUGAGAUAACCUUAGGUUGUGGGUGAUUUCAUCUCCUAAUUAUUUUACCAUUCUGAAAGGCAUCUACGUUUCACUAAUUCAUUUCGAUUUCGUUUGUAUUUUUAUCUAGCAAGUGGAGUUCUUGUUCGCUCUGCACACCACAACGUCAAGAUUAUACUAGAAAAAUGUUAGUUGAAGCUCGAGGUUACAUUGAAGAUAGAUGCAUAUUAUUUUUCUUGAGUGGGACUAUUGGUACUUUUCUUGUUCUUCCUGGAGAGAAACUGGUACCGUCUACGAAUGUCUUAACAGUUUAUAAGUUUGUCAUUUUUUUUAUAGGUUAUAGAAACUUAACUCAAACUUGUUAGCUAGUGUUAUUUUUUAUCGCAAGAGAUUCCACUCGUUUUUCUCUGUUGCAAGUCGGGUUCAUUGUUCCAUAUCCAUCUCCACCACCGAUCAGUAUCUUUUUUAUUCCAUCUCCAUGAUUAUCACCACCUUCAGUGAAAAAUAGAGAAGGAGAAUUGGUGUGUGAUAUCGGCUUGAUACUGAAGAUGGUGGACGAGAGAGACAGACGAGGGCAUUAUAUUACUUAAAAUUAGUUGGAGCAUGUAUUGUGUUCACGGUUCACACUGUACUGAUUGAAUCAUACCCUAAUUGGUGUGUGAUAUCGGCUUGAUACUGAAGAUGGUGGACGAGAGAGACAGACGAGGGCAUUAUAUUACUUAAAAUUAGUUGGAGCAUGUAUUGUGUUCACGGUUCACACUGUACUGAUUGAAUCAUACCCUAAUUUUAUGUUAGGUGGAAUUUGGAAGUAUAUGUUACUAA